AUGGUUCAUUACAAGCUUACUUACUUUGGAGUACGUGGAGUUGCUGAGACAGCUAGACAGAUUUUCGCUUUGGCUGGACAGGAUUUUGAGGACGUUCGGGUGAGCCAAGAGGAAUUCGCACCAAUAAAGCCAAAUACUCCAUUCGGCCAACUUCCUGUGCUUGACAUCGAUGGCCAACAGAUUGCUCAAUCGAUGGCAAUUUGCAGAUAUUUGGCCAGGAAAUUCGGAUUUGCUGGCAAAUCUCCAAUAGAUGAGGCUAUUGUCGAUUCGCUUGCUGACCAAUACACUGACUAUCGUGUUGAGAUCAAACCAUGGUUCUAUCCUGCUGUUGGAAUAAAGGAGGGAAAUGUGGAACAACUUAAAAAGGAUGUCCUUCUACCAGCACGUGAAAAAUUCCUUGCAAUUCUUACCAAAUUCCUCAAAAAGAAUAGUUCUGGAUUUCUUGUUGGCGAUUCGGUAACGUGGGUGGAUCUAUUGAUUGCCGAGCAUUCCUCUUUAAUGCUUCACCUUGUUCCAGAAUUCCUCGAAGGAUAUCCGGAGGUGAAAGCCCAUAUGGAGAAAAUCCAUAAAAUCCCAAAUGUGAAGAAAUGGAUCGAGACUCGUCCCAAAACAGACUUCUGA